CACCUGAACUCUGAAUUGGACCUAAGCUCCCUGUGUUCUGGAUCAGGUAUGGGCUACCUAUGCACAGGUUUAGCCCAAUUUUUUGUUAAGAAUUGUGAAUGAAGAGGAGGAGGCGGCGGCGGAGCGAUGGACGGCUCCGGGGAGCCCCUGCGAGGCGGGGUCGAUUCGGGGACCAGGAGCGGCGAGCAGAUCUUGAGGACCGGGGCCAUACUGCUGCAGGGGUUCAUCCAGGACCGCGCGGGCCGGGUGGCGGGGGGCGCCCCCGAGCUGCUCCUGGACUCUAUGGGGGACUCGGCCCCGCUGCCCUCGGACCUCCAGACCAAGCGGCUGACCGAGUGCCUGCGUAGGAUCGGGGACAAGCUGGACAGCAACAUGGAGCUGCAGAGGAUGAUCGACGCGGUGGAGACUGACUCCCCUCGAGAGGUCUUCUUCCGAGUGGCGGCCGAGAUGUUCUCCGACGGCAACUUCAACUGGGGCCGGGUCGUGGCCCUCUUCUAUUUCUCCAGCAAACUGCUGCUUAAGGCGCUUUGCACCAAGGUCCCAGAGCUGAUGCGAACCAUUGUGGGCUGGACCCUAGACUUCCCGCGAGAAUGGCUGCUCACCUGA